AUGGCGAUCUUCAGCCCCUCUCUCUCUCCUCGACUCAAAAACCAUCUUAACCCCUCUUCUCCCUCACAAACUUCCAGAGAUUCUGAGAAAAAUCACACUAAAGUCUUAGUGGCAAACUCUGUUUUCCUCAUAAAAUCUGAAGCUCACCCAAAUCUCCCGCCUUGGUUGUUCACUGGUGAAGAGUUGUUCCCCGGUUCGCUAUCCGUAAGACGGCCUCUUUCUCGGGAUAUCGUUGAGUCUUAUGAAUUGCCUGACGAUUUCCCGUAUGAAUUGGAUUUGUCUAAAUUUCGUGUGUUGGAGUUAGGUAUGUUUUAUAAUUAUAAUUAUUUGGAUGAUAAUACAGUAGUCUCUGAUUUCGAUGUUGACGAUGUUCCGGUUUUGGUACCUUAUACAAAGAUGCCAAAGAAGCCGUCAUUUUCGGAUGAAAAUAAGGUUGUUCUGUUUGUGAAUCCGAAUUGUGAAACUGGCUGUCGAAGUAUUGAUGAUUGUAUGGUUGUGGAAUUGUCUAAAGAGGUAGGUCUUACAGUGAAGAGUCUUAGAAAUGGUGCGAAACGUAAGGUGUAUUUUAUGGGGAAGAGGAAGUUUGAUGAUAUUGUUAGUUUUAAAGGGAAGAUUUAUGCUGUUGAUAGGAAAGGUAGGGUGUGUUCGAUGGAUUAUAAUUCGCUUAAGAUGUCGAGUGUUGUUGAGGAUCCGCCGAGUGGGGGUUCGAGUAAUGAGAAAAAGAAACGAUUAGUCGUGUCAAGUGAUGAUGAAUUGUACUUAGUGUAUAGAUGGUCUAAAAAAGGAAAGGCGGCGUUUAACGUGUUUAAGCUUAAUGAGGAGGAGGAGAAGUGGGAUAUGGUUGAUGGUAUUGGUAGUGAUAGGAUGUUGUUUGUUACUCUUGAUGGUUGUUUUUUUCGCCGCGGUUAA